UCAAGGUUUAUUGCGCGGGUCAGUGAGCGUCCCAGACAAUUGGAUUAGAACAACGAGCCCUUUCAAAGGAACCGCAAGUCCAACGACUCCUCCUCCGUCACGCCACCCUCCCAUCACUGACCUUGUCCUACGAUUACCGUUUGUCGCUAAACGCUGUGGCUGACGAACAAACCAUUUCUACUGUAGCUUUACCUCAUCAUCAGAAAUGAACAAUUCAUCCUCAAACCAAUGCAGUUACAAAUAUGAGGAUUACAGGGAAACAGCUGAUUGGUUGCUGUCCCACACUGAGCAGAGGCCUAAAGUAGCCAUCAUCUGUGGCUCUGGCCUGGGUGGCCUGGCUGACCUGCUGGACAACAAGACUGUGUUUCCCUACAAGGACAUCCCAUGCUUCCCCAACAGCACAGUACAAGGACAUGCCAGUCAGCUGGUCUUUGGGGAGCUGCAGGGGAAGCAGUGUGUCUGCAUGCAGGGCCGCUUCCACUUCUACGAAGGCUACAACAUUGCCACAGUGACAUACCCGGUGCGAGUGUUCUUCCUGCUCGGGGUGGAGACCUUGAUUGUCACUAAUGCUGCUGGGGGGCUGAACCCCAACUUUAAAGUGGGUGACAUCAUGCUGAUCAAGGAUCACAUCAACAUGCCAGGCUUUGCAGGCCAGAACCCACUGUGUGGUCACAACGAUGAAAGGUUUGGAGUCCGUUUUCCCUGCAUGUCGGACGCCUAUGACAAAGACCUUUCUAUACUGGCCAAAGAGACUGCUGAGGAGCAGGGCUGUUCCUCCUUUAUCCAGCAAGGCGUGUACUGCAUGCUGGCAGGUCCUAACUUUGAGACCAUCGCAGAGUGCAGAGCUCUCCAGAAACUAGGCGCAGAUGCUGUGGGUAUGAGUACAGUCCCUGAGGUGGUGGUGGCUCGUCACUGUGGUCUCCGUGUCUUUGGCCUGUCUCUCAUCACCAACAAGGUGGUCACAGACUACGACAGCCAGGAGAAGGCCAACCAUGAGGAGGUACUGGAGACCACAGGAAUGCGCACUCAGGACCUACAGAGGCUGAUCAGUAACCUUCUGGCUAAGAUGUAGAUCAGCCCCAGUCUGUCUGUGUUAACUGCCAAGGGAUAUAGCUACUGUAAGGUGAUGUUAUACAGAAAGCACAGAUGCAUAUAUUCUAGAGAAAUAGCUAGCAGACAGAUCAUUGCAAUCAUAUGAUAUACGUUAUUUGAAGGGAACGCUAGAUAGCUUAAAAUGUCUUAUUUGUUUACAUUUCUCAGCACAGAGGCUAAUGCUAGUAUUGCUACUUCAGUUUGAUUUGACAUUUUAUAGGCUGGGAUUUGUCUUCAUCGUGUAAUCUCUAAACUGAAGCACUGUAAAGAGGCCUACUAACCAAACUCACCUCUUCAAAAAGGGGUUGUCCAUAUGGCUAUAAAAGUAAUGUAAUGACCAAGAAAAAAAGAUAGGAGAUAGUACAGACUUGAAAAUAAUAUAUUCCUUUGAAUUAAAACAAAACUGAAAAUGCAUCACACUAAAGUGUAAGAUAUGUAGCCUUCAUGUACAUUAAUGUAUUGCAGUUAUUAAGUACAAAUUAAUCUCAUGGUCAAUGUGAACAUGGGAUCAGUUAUUAAGUACAAAUCAAUGGUCUGUAUAUCACGUGGACCAACAAUCAUUGUGUUGUCGCUCAUUAGUAAUGAUUAACAAUGUAUAUUUCUUCCUUGGUAGCCUUAUUAUUCUACAUUUCUAGAAUCCGACUGCUCCUUGAUGGAGAGAUCGCCAAAACUCAUCAUGGUUAUAAGAAUAAUCAAAUUUAUCAGAGUGAUGAAAAGUAAAACAUUUUUAAAAACCUCCAACAUACACUGAGUAUACCAAACAUUAGGAACAUCUUCCUAGUAUUGAGUCGUUUAAAGCGUUCCACAGGGA